AUGCGGGGACUUUUGCAGCUACUCGUACUAUUGGGCAUCACUAGCGCCUUUGCGGUGGAUCAAAGCAAGUUUCGUACUUGUGACCAAACCAGCUUUUGCCGUCGCCAUCGAGGGGAGCAUUCGGCAGCCCUGUACAAGUACCGUCUUGAUAAGGACUCGAUUCACUUUCAUCUUCCAUCAGAAGUAGAGAAAAAUGAGAAGGAAAAAGCAGCAGCUGCAGCAAUGGACGAAGCCAAGAGACAAGCCAAGGGAGGUCUUUGGCAGUCGUUGAAGAAGGGAAUUCUGGGAGGUUCAGAAGAUGGAGACGGCAAGAAAGAUCCAUACUAUCGAGGGACCACUCCAACAUUGACAGGCCAUUUGAUCAAUACUGCACCCAAAACAUCUACUGGACAUAAGGAAAGACUCGAGCUUUCACUUCAUGCCAUGUCACAAGGACUCCUCCGUCUUCGAAUUACUGAAAUCUAUCAAGAGCAUUCGGGUCCACACGAAAAGGCACGCGUGACCUAUGACGAAUUGGUCUUGGAGACGGACACCAUGGAAUCUGCCGAACAUGCCCGAUGGAUCCAACCUGGAGACUCGUAUUUGACCAAGAUUGUUCCUUCUGCGGAAGCAGAAAACUACAUGGGAUUGCAAUACGGUGACGAAGAGGGCAAGAGUGGCAUGUUCCUGUUGAUGCGAAUGGAUUCCUUUGCCGCCUACUUGUAUCGGGAGGACAACUUGGAAGCUGGGCCCAUUACCACCUUUGGUGAAAAACAAAUGACGCAUUUUGAAAUCCGUCGAUCCAAAACGCACGAGGAUAUUUCCGCAUCCGCCGAGGAUGAAAAGUCAGAAGACGAAAAGGACGACGAAGACGGCAAACCAGAAAAGGAGAUUGUCGGGUACUGGGAAGAUGGUCUUGCCAUUUACGCCGAUGGUACCCGAGAAGAACGCAAGGUGGAAGAAGAAGAAGAAGAUCACCGCAAAUUGACAGAGCUCGAUUUGGAUCGUGAGGGUCUUUGGGAAGAAAACUUUGAAUCACACAAGGAUUCGAAACCCCAUGGGCCCAUGAGUGUUGGUGCGGACAUUACCUUUCCUGGAUCAUCGUUUGUUUAUGGUCUUCCGGAGCAUGCGUCCGCUACUCCCUUGAAGACCACUAUUGGAGAAGGUGCAGGAUACGAACAUCCUUACCGUCUUUACAACUUGGACGUCUUUGAGUACGAUUUGGAUGUUCCAAUGGCACUUUACGGAGCUGUUCCUUUGGUCGUGAGCCAAAGUCCAAAGACUGGAACCAAUGGAGUAUUCUGGCAUAACCCAACCGAAACAUUUGUUGACAUUUUCGAGUCCGAAGAUGGUAGCAAGUCAACCCAUUGGAUGAGUGAAAGUGGAAUAAUCGACCUCUUCUUUGUUCCAGGACCAGACCCAAAGACUUUCUACCAUCAAUAUUCGCUCCUCACUGGCGUUGUUCCGCAACCACCCAUGUUCAGUCUCGGAUACCACCAAUGUCGAUGGAACUACAAGGACGAACAAGAUGUUUACCAAGUUCACGGAAAGUUCGAAGAACUCGAUUAUCCAUAUGAUGUCUUGUGGCUCGAUAUCGAACACACAGAUGGAAAGCGGUACUUUACCUGGGACCAUCAUCUCUUUCCUCACCCAGAAAAAAUGCAAGAAAAGUUGUGGUCACAAGGGCGACGAAUGGUCACCAUUGUGGAUCCACAUGUCAAGCGGGACGACCACUAUUACAUCCACAGUGAAGCUACUGCCAAGGGACUUUACAUCAAGGACAAGGAUGGAAAGAAGGACUUUGAUGGAUGGUGCUGGCCGGGAUCCUCCUCCUAUCUUGACUUUACAAAUGCAAAGGCCCGUGACUGGUGGGCCGAGCAAUUUGGGUAUGACAACUACAAGGGAUCCACUCCGUCUCUCUUCACCUGGAAUGAUAUGAACGAACCAUCGGUUUUCAACGGACCUGAAGUGUCUAUGCAAAAGGAUCUGAAAAAUCUCGAUGGAGAUGAGCACCGUGAAUGGCACAACCUUUAUGGCAUGCUCUUUCAACGAUCCACAGCGGAGGGUCUGACCAAGAGAAAUCCUGACCACAACAUUCGUCCUUUUGUCUUGAGUCGAGCCUUCUUUGCGGGAAGUCAAAAGUACGGAGCCAUCUGGACUGGUGACAAUGCCGCACAAUGGUCGCACUUGGAGAUUGCAACGCCGAUGCUUCUGAGUCUGAAUGUUGGAGCACUGUCGUUUGUGGGUGCUGAUGUUGGUGGAUUCUUUGGCAACACUGAUGCUGAAUUGAUGACUCGGUGGAUGCAGGCUGGUGCCUACACACCAUUCUUUCGUGGUCAUGCUCACCACGAUGCCAAACGCCGCGAGCCUUGGAUGUUUGGGGAAGAGACCAUGGUACGACUGCGCAAGGCUGCGAUGGCACGUUACGCACUUUUACCAUACUGGUACACUGUCUUCCGUGAAGCUGGACUGACUGGAAUGCCUGUGAUGAGAACCAUGUGGAUGCAAUAUCCUUCAACUGAAUCCUUAUACGGAGUUGACGAUCAGUACUUGGUCGGUUCCGAUCUCCUUGUGAAACCUGUGACCGCUCCCGACGUUGUUCAGACUACUGUCAAGUUCCCAACUGAUGACAUAUGGUAUGAUGCUGAAUCUUUGACCGAAGUGUCGAAGCAAGGAAGCACUGGUGGUGUCAUGGAGAUUACCGUUCCAAGUGAUAUCGAUACCAUCCCAGUUUUCCAACGAGGAGGCUCAAUCAUUCCCCGAAAAUUGAGAUUGCGCCGAAGUUCCCAUAUGAUGUCCAAUGAUCCUUACACCUUGUUCGUGGCAUUGGAUGGAUCACAAGUUGCUGUAGGAGACUUGUACAUGGACGACGAAGUGUCUUUCAAUCACGAAAAGAAGGAGGAGUAUGUGAUGGCGACGUUAUCUGCUGCGAUCAGUGAUAAUGCUGGUGUCAUCAAGAACUCGGUUGAGGUCGGCAAAGGAUGGGUAGGUUCUGAAACUGAGAGCUCAUCGAGUCGAUUGAUUGAACGAAUUGUCAUGAUGGGAGUCAAAGCUGCGCCUUCGAGUAUUUCAGUUGGCAAAGAAGCGUUGGGUUUCACAUAUGAUAUGAGCUCCAAUGUGCUUGUCAUUCGAAAGCCUGAUGUCCCAACAACAAGUGAGUGGGAAAUCAGCAUCAUGUUCUAG